UUUCACGCUGAGGAAAAGAGGGCAGUAUGAUUUUUCCUUUUCUUUGCUUUCCUCGAGCGAGCGCCGCCACCGCUGCCGAGCGCCCCAGCCCCCUCGCUCCGUCGCUCGUCUUCCUCCUCGUGCGAGCGCCUCCACCGCAGAUAUCUAUCUCCCCUGCAAUUCUCUCGUUCCCGACCGUUUCUCCUCCAAUCACCCCACGAACAGAUCCCGCCCUUUAGCUUCCCGUUGCAUAUCCUUAAUCUUCCCCAAUUCGUAACUGAGGCAAAAAUCAAGGUAGGGCGGCCGCCCUACCUUGCCCUACCGGGUCCUCCGCCCUUGAAGUAAGGAGUCGAGGAAAAGCUGCAGCCCGCAGGGAUGGUGAUAGACGAUCCACUCGACUUCGAGGGAGAGAACGACCCGCUCCUUUCCGCCCCGCGCCCCGCCAAGAGGAAGAAGGUUAUUGGGUUGGACGAUCUCUUAGUGGAUUUCUUUGAAUCGGGCAAGGAUGAGCUCAAAGCUUCUGGCAGCAAGUCUAAGCGCGGCCUCAAGGGAUAUAAUUCAGACGACGAAGACAAAAAAAUUAGGGAGAAGGAGAUUAACUUUUGCAAAUUUGUUGAGGAGUGUGAGGAACAGGCGAAAGCAAUGGAUCCUGGAGAUGAUGUACCCCAAUGGGGACUGCAAGUAUUUGGCUGCCAGAAAUUGCCCCCAAUUCUUAACGACUCGGGAAUCGAAAAUUGUCAACUUUUGCAAUCAUUCUCUGGAGAAGAGCAUUUAGGUUUUGAUCCAGAAAUGGAACAAGGAGAGGGCUUUCUAGAAGGCAUGCUGAGGGAUGGCUGGCUUUUGAAGUUGGUCCUCUUGUAUGGUUCUGUUGAAGACUCUAUAGUAUCAUGGACACUAACCAAGUUGCUGUACUCAACCAACAAGAAGUUACAAAAUUCUGCAUCUGAAUUUUGGGAUAGUCUCCUUUCCCUAAAUGAGGAUGAUAAACAAUUGAUCAAGUUUGGGUAUUUCCCAAGCUACUCUAUUCUAAAGGAUGCUGUACUUAACUAUGGAUAUCUACAUGAUGCUCCCUUCACUAAAACUUGCAUCUCUGGAAGUGCUGUUGCAGAUGACGGUCCACCCCAAAACAUCAUUGCAUGGUUAAGGGUUGUAUCUGCUUGCUGCAAAAUUAGAAAAAUGCAUUCUGUCUUCUCGCCUUCUGAAGCAGAAGAUCUCCUUGUUAUUGUUAUUUCCCUCUUUUUGGACCGUCACCUUGAAGGACUGCUGCUUAUUUUGGGAGACUGCCUGAACUCACUCGUCUUGUACUUCAACUCAAGUGAAUGGGAAAGUAGCUGCCUAGUGGUGGCUGAGUCAAUUGCUAAGAGAGUCCCUCUGGAUCUCAAUUGUUUAAGGAUUGUUGACUGCAUUACUGGAACAAAUGAGCGUAGCAAAUUCUUAAGGAGCCAGCUGGCCCUUCAGUUUCUCAAGAUCAGCUUUGGCCUUAAAGUUGCAAAUGUUGAAAAGAUCUUGAAGUCUGUCACAUCCAUAAAUGUGAAGGAGAAAGAAUGCAAUUUCUUCAGGCUGUACGUGUACCUGGUUCUGAUGGACAACUUGCUGUUCUCAAGUGAUGCGUUUAGAAAUAAGCCUGCGAUAAUUGAAGCUUGGCGUAAUUAUCUCCGAAACUGUUCGACCCAAAUUGGAUGCACAGACUGGAGAUUCUACGCUUCAAAGGUUCGAAACAAGGCGUCAUAUCUUCUGCAAGGUGCGAUCUUGAAAAGACCUGCUGUCAGUGGCAUUUCUGCUCGGUAAUUUAAACCUACUGAAGCCUGGAGGGAAAGAAACCUGGGCUCCAACUUUUGGCACAACUAGUUUUAGGCAGGGUAUAACAUUCAGGCGCAACCGGAGGUAGGAGUUUUAGGGCUCAUUUUGUGGGCAUCAAGGGCACUAUGCUCAGCUUUGCCAUGGUACCAGAUGGGUGACAGCACAAUCAGCCCAUGUCCCAGCCUCCCGGCAAGGGAGACCUCUGAUGAUUGUGCAUGAUGGAUGCCACUUAACUAGCCGGAGUUCUCACUUUUGCAGCAUGUACUUUCAUUAAAUACAGUACUAUUUAUAUCUUCUAGUCAUACUUGUAUCGUCUAUUUUACUUUGAAUGCUGUGUACUUCAACAACGAAAAUGAGUUGUUUGAUGCAUGCUGA